AUGCUGAGGAAGAUCUGGGCGCUGCAAGCAGCCACAUAUUGGAAUCAAGUUGAGAACAUGCAAAUCUUACUCGAACACCGGGCGAUCAUGGACGAGUAUACCGUUCACUACGCUAAGUCACCGGAGGCUUUUCAGCUUUUGCUGAACCAUGGUCUCGAUAUCGACCACCCUGUGCACUUCGCUCAUGCAGUUGGUGCUAUACAGGCUAAUGCGUCCUCGAUGGCUACCUCUGGUUGGGCCCUAGAAGUGGCGGCACAUCUCUGCGACCCAAUCAUCGUUGAUACUCUUAUUGAAUACGGGGCCAGUAUUAACAACAGCUGCUCGACAAACUGCGCCCUGAUUCGAAAAGAUACUAGGAUUCUAAUGAUGGAGCAUCUCGUUCGGCGUAGUGCAGACAUUAAUCGGUUCGGGUGGCCUGUGGACUUGGCGUAUGGUGGUACGACUCUCGCCUUUGCUGCUAAGCAUGGCCUGUUGGAAGAGACAAGAUGA